AUGUCUACGUCAUUGACGGAGUUUGGUCCCUGUGUUCAGCCCAUAUGCCUGCCUCUGCCCAGUGAGAACUUCCCACCCAGGACCAGCUGCCUUGUGAGUGGAUGGGGACGGACCAAAGAACGCGGUCUUCUACCUGCCAUUCUAAGAGAGGUGCAGCUGGAGUUGGUGGAGCCAGCUAAGUGCAAAUAUGUUCUCCAGACCCUGAGACCCACACAGCAGGCCCUCACUGUGCUGUGUGCUGGACCAGAGAGAGGAGGAAAGGACGCCUGCCAGGGGGACUCUGGGGGUCCUCUGAUCUGCCCCAGGGAGGACGGCCACUGGGUCGUGGUGGGGGUCACCUCCUGGGGGAAAGGUUGUGGCCGUAGCUGGAUCAACAACAAGGCCAAGUCGCCGGCCAAGAGAGGAUCCCCGGGGGUAUUCACUGACGUCAAGAUGCUCCUGCCCUGGAUCAAGAUGAAACUCAGAGAAGCAGAUGCUAACCCAAACCAAAGGCCCAACUCAAGACUGUGCAGUGUGAGGGAUGGGCUUGUGAGCGGUAGUGAGGGUCUCAUCAGAAACCCAAGCCUCUCAGGCCAUCUCUACAACAACAAUGAGAUAUGUUCCUGGUCCAUCAGCGUUCCUAUAGGGAGGAGUAUUCUGCUGGAAUUCUUGGAAUUCGACAUGGAGAAUGACACCCUCUGUCACAGUGACCAACUCACGGUAUCUGUGGGUGCAGACUCAGGGAGGCCUAUUGGGAGGUUCUGUGGCAGUGCCCCCCCGCCCCCAGUGCUCAUCGACUCCCACAGUGCUUCUCUCCAAUUUGUGUCUGAUGUCAGUGGAACAGGAAGCGGAUUUGUUGUUAGAUUCCGAGGUGUCGAGGGAAAUUCUGUGCCUGCGUCGGGAUGUGGCACCGUGGCUCUGGUCCAGGAUCAGACGGCCGUACACAGUCUCAACUACCCACAAUCCUACAGCAACGACUCUGUCUGCCACUGGGUCAUCUACGCCCCCAAGGGUCACGUUGUCAAGCUGGACUUUGAUGACUUUGAACUGGAGCAAUCGGAUGACUGCGAAUAUGACUCGCUGACUGUUCUUGGAGAUGUGGAUACAAAAGAGGAGAUAGCGGUGCUGUGUGGUAGGAUUGUGCCUCCCCCCGUCCUGAGCUAUGACAACGUGAUGGUCCUCCAGUUCACCUCUGAUAGCACAGUCACCUACCGAGGCUUCCACGCCACCGUGUCAUUCAUCAGUAAGAUCGACCUGCUGGACGGGGAGUCAGAGGAUGGCACUGUUCACUUUCAACACUCACUGCCAGACCUCUCAGACUCGUGUGGAAUGCCUCAUGUCCGUGCUGCCUCGACCUCCAGUGAGUCUCUGGAAGGAGCGGGGGAGUCGCGACACGCCUGGCCUUGGGACGUUCGGCUCAGCAAGGACACUAACAACAUCUGCUAUGGGGCCAUCAUCCAGCCUGCCUGGGUCCUCACUGCUGCACACUGCCUUCUAGGCCUGGAGGACCAAUCAUUAAGGUCACUGUUGGUGGAGACGGGAGGCCCGAAGAACCAGAGGCGUGGUGUGAGGAGGCUUGUGCUGCACCCUCAGUAUGACCCCUCCUCCCAGGACUAUGAUGUGGCCCUGCUACAGCUGGACUCCCCGCUGCUCAUCACUGAGCAUGCCUUGUCCGUCUGUCUGCCCUGCUCGGGACCGGAAGUCCCACAAUCCCAGGUCUGCAUGCUUUCAUCGUGGGAGAGUCAGACAGGUGGACCAUGGAACAGCACUGUUGAGCCGCUAGAGGUGCCACUUGUGAGUCAUGCGGACUGUGAGCGUUAUAACACUGGUAGACUGACCGCUAGAAUGCUGUGUGCUGGGCCGCCACAGCAUCGUGGACAGGACACGUGCACGGGUCCAGGUGAUUCUGGGGGAGCACUGGUGUGUCAGAUAAAGGACUCUGGUUACUUUGUCCUGGGAGUGAGCAGCCGAAAGGAAGGCUGUGGGAAGUUCCAGAGGCCAGGAGUCUACACCUCAGUCCCCAUGAUGACAGACUGGAUUCACGAACAACUCCACGAAGAUUCAGCUGACUCCUCUAGAACCCUGCCAUACCAGAAGCAGCAGGAGGAGCUGGCCUUCAGCAUAGAUUAUGAUGAUAAUAACUAUGGAGCGGAGUCAUCUGGAGAAUCCUAUUAGCCUUGACCCACCUAGCUUGAGGCUGGAGGACCAUGUGGUAUUCUUACGGAGUCGAGCUGCUUUUUGUUGCUUGCAUAUACCGCUCAGAAAUUAAGCAGACAAAGCGGUUCUAACAGAGACAUGAUUUGAAAAAGGGAACAUCCAAUCAGCACAAAUUCCAUGGAUUUUUGGGAAGGGCUAUGGAACAAUUGAAUUGUCAUACUGUCUGUCUGUCUGUCUGUCUGUCUGUCUGUCUGUCUGUCUGUCUGUCUGUCUGUCUGUCUGUCUGUCUGUCUGUCUGUCUGUCUGUCUGUCUGUCUGUCUGUCUG